UGCACCUUCCUCACACGUUCUCGAAACAAAAAAAAUCUCCUAUAAGAAGUACCUAUUUUACGCCUCCAUGAAUCGCCAAUAACCCCGGAAAAUGGAACAGAAGGAAGAGCCAAACGAGGAGAUGAGACCGGAGGAAGGAGAGAUAUAUAUCAUCGACGUGAAGGCUGAAAUAAGCGAAAUAAAAGUGACGGGCAGUGUCUUCCCUCCCGCCGAGCUGCAGUGUCGAAGCGAUGCCAUCAGUGGUUUACUCGGUGCAAGCAGUUUUAGCACUCUACCUGCUUCAGAAUUAUGCAGCCGAAACCUUGUAGCUGUGACUGUGAUUGAUGAUAACGGAAAGCCAAGACUGUGCAGGGCAGUCAUCACAGACACAAGUGAAGUUCCUAAAGGUUUUCUGAGGGUCCUACUAGUUGAUGAAUGCUGCCCAAACAUCCAAGUGAGAUUAAGCCACCUGUACUAUUGCCCCAAGCAUGUGUCUGCAAGCAAAUAUCCUCCAUCUUGUCAGCAGUUUGUGCUUGCUGAUGUCAUGCCAGUUGAGGAUAGACUUGCUGAGGCUGAGAAAUGGUUGAAGUGCAUGUUGCUCAACAAGAGGGUUGAGGCUGUGUUUGAGAAGCACCCAGAUGGAACCAGUUACAUUUGUCCUCUUGAUCAGCAGAACCUCCCAUUGGUCUUCAGCAUGCUGGUAGCUGGCCUUGCUAAGAUGUCUACAAAACCCCUUAUCAGUGUAGGUGCCUUGACAGGGAAUAGUAAUGUAAAAUUGGAGACCAAAGCUGAGAGCCCUGCCCCUCCUCCUCAAAGGGCAGCUUAUUCUCAGUGGAAAAUGCCAUUGGGUGUCAAAGAAGCGGCAGAUGUAACCACUGUGGAGAAGGGGCCAUGGAAAUUUUGCCUCCAGUUCAGAAGACAGAAAGAGCAAGUACCUUCACUUCGGGAGAAGCUAAAAAUUCUAGUUCUGACAGGAAAGCUUUCAAAAGGUGACAUUGAUAUUGGCGAUGCAGUUGUCUGCCCAAAUAAAAUUCAUGGGGGGCAUAGCAGAGCCCUCAUCACAAACAAAUUACCAGAUAACAUGUAUUCAGUGUAUUAUGUUGAUGAAGGAAGUAAAACAUUGCUGAGUGAAAAGGAGCUGUGGUUGCUCCCAGAGGGGAUGGCCAAGAUUCCAUUACUAGUGCAUAGAUGUUGUCUGGAUGGGCUGGCCCCUUCUGAAGACAAGGACAUCACUGACAGGUUUGAGGCUCUAGUAAAAGGACGAAAACUUUUGGCUAGUGUGGUGAAGAUUGGCAAGGAUGUACCAACGACAGUGAACCUGUUCACCAAUGAGAAAAAUUCUGUCCUGGAUUUACUAACUUGCAGCUAUAAGCGAGAGGUACUGCUGAACAAUAACCUGGUCAGCAUUUCACACAUUAAUGAAGAGAAAGCUGUACUUUACCUGGUGUUGGCUGGAAAUGGAGAGAUGCUUGACAAACUCCACCAAAGUGUUCAGGAGGCUGCAAAGGUAGCAGGGCCACUUGAGUUUCCAGAGGAGCAUCAAUCGUGUCUUGCACUUUUUCCUGAUGAUGGAUGUUGGUACAGAGCUACUGUCCUCAGUGCAGCAGACUUGGUUCAUGUCAGGUAUGUUGACUAUGGCAAUGAAUCAAGUCUUCCAAGGGAUUCCUUGAGGGUUAUACACUCCUCUUUAGUGGAGUCGGCUCCCUCACAGGCACUGCCUUGCAAACUCAGUGAGGUGGACCAGAAACCUCUGUCAUUGGUUGUGGUUAAUGAGGUGACAGAUGACAGUAUGUUCAAGGUACAGAUCACUGGGCACAAAGAAGUGUCGGGAAUUGGAAGUGUGGCAGUGGUAGAGCUGGUGACGCAGCCCACUGGGAUCUCCCUCAAUCAGCUCCUGCGGGACAAGAAGCAAAGAGAAGAAAAGGAAAUAAAUAAUAACAUAGAUAAACACUGUUUUAGCUUGGGGGCAGUAAUCUCCCGCAUGCAACAGCGGCACACAUCGCCUUCUCAACCUCCACGCCAGUUAGAGUCACAGCCACAGCAGGAGCUUUUGUUGCAAGCUCAGCAGUCACAGUUACAGCAGAGCUUCUCUCAAUAUCAACGCCAUUACCACCAACCUUAUCACCACGAGAGAGAGCGUCGUUUCUACCAGGGUCGCUACCAUCAACAGCAGCAACAGCAGUACCCUUUAGAAACACAAAAUUCAAAAUACAAAUUUCAACGGCAACAGCAACAAAUCUAUAUACCCAGAUCUCAACAGGAUACCUAUCACCAGCACCGUAGUGAAUCCCAUCACAUCCCCUACAAUUCCAACCAUGUGAAUAUCCAAGCUGAACCCCCCUUUCCAAAGGAUGUACCACUUUGGCGGCAAAGGGACCAGCUGGUGCCUGGGGGUCCCAAGGCUCACUCAACACAGGCAGAGAACUUUGAUCAGCUGAAAAGAGUGAGACCUGCAGAUGGUUCCUUGAAGUUCUGCAGGUUGACCUGGGAGGCAGGUCUGUCGUGCUUUUACCUGGUACUUGAGGAGAGUGAGGAAUUCAUCAAGACUUGUACUCAGAAGAUGAGUGAAUCUUGUGAUCAGUCCAAAAUGGAAUCCUUCAAAUGCGGUAUGUUGGUGGCCAUAAAAGAUAAGAACGUGUGGCAAAGGGCUCAAGUGACCCAGGUGCAGGGCAGCAUUUUCAAGGUCCUCAUGAUUGAUGUGGGAAAGGAGCGAUGUCUUCAGCUGUAUGAGUUAUAUCCCCUUCCAGACACUUUAGCCAAGGUCCCAGCCCAAGCAAUUAAAUGUUGUCUACAAGAGAGCAGUGCAAAGAGCCAGAACCUGAAACCGCAGAGUCAACUCGCCAGCCUGAAGAACACGAGGCUUGUGGCUCAUUUUAUUGGAUGUGAAGAUCAUGUGUGGAAGGUCAACCUUUACGUAAAAGCAGAGCUUGAACCAGACCAUGGCCUAGCCAAGCUUCUGUCUACUGUGCACCAGCAGCAAAGUGGGAGUCUUGAUGCUACUAGCAGUAGAGGAACAGUCGGUGUUAAAACCGAUGUUGACCCUCAACACCUAUACACUAGAGACAUCAUUGCUGGUAAGAAGCUGUCAGAAAAUCCAACAAGCCAAACCAAGGAUCUUAGUAUUACUGAUGUUCUCUCUUCACCUGUACCACAUGGAGUACCUGAUGAACAGCUGAAGCCCUUCUCUCCUAAUGACAGUGGUAUGGAGGCAAGAGGACCUUUCACUUCUACAACCAGGUUAGAUCUUGCAAGCAACUCGAUUUCUCCUUCGGCCAUUCCCCUUGAAGAGACUGCUUCCAGCGAUGACUCCCGCUCAACAGUGAAGCAUAAUGUUUCAGCAGCUGAGCAUGGGGACUUUGAGUUUUCUGGAGCCAUGGCAGGUGUCCGUGCCCAAGUAAGUAUACCAAAUAACUCAGUGACCAAAGCUGCAACUGCCAAAUCCAGUGUCAAGACUCAUGUGGAUGGUGCAGCCAGUGCAGUGCAGUAUGUUGCUUCACACAGUGCAGACAUGGUAAUCAGUGCAGCCCUUGCAACACAUGCGCAUUCCCAUAAGAAAUCAGAAAUCUUUGCAAAGGAAGACACUGCUGCUAGUGAGUCCCUUCUUUGGGACAGUAGGAUUGGGGGCUUGGAUGGUAAUGAGAAAUGUGACAAAAAUCCUAAUUCCUAUGGUGCAGCAAAGUUAGAAUCUCCCGUUAAUGAGUCUUUAUUUUGGGACAGCAAGUAUGGGGGACUUAAUUCUCAAGAUAAACCUGAAGGUGGAGGUGCAGAGAAGACUGUUGAUGAGGAGUCGCUCCUCUGGGACAGCAGGCGUGGAGGCCUUGGGAAUGAUUUUAACGGUAAUAACAAUAAAAACAUAGACAAAAAUGCCAGUCCUUGUGAAGGGAAGACAGCAGCAGCAACAGAGCAGUCAGUUCCUUUGGAUAGCUGGGAUGGAGGUCUUAAUUCUAAUAAUAAACCUAAGAAUGAGAUUGUUAGCCAAAAGUAUCCUUGUGCUGAGACUACUACUGACGACUCUCUUCUCUGGGACAGUAGACGGGGAGGCCUCCAUACCAACAAGGAUGGACAUGAUGACAAGGGAAGUAUGGACUCAUCUGUUCCUUACAAAGAAACUACAGCCAAUGAGUCUAUGCUUUUGCAUUGGGACAAUAGGUGUAUUAGUUUAGAAAAAGGUAAUGAUGGCAAGACUGUCAGUGCAAAAUGCCAGCCAAAAGAUGAUAAUAUAGAUCCUGAGACCAAGAUAGCAAAAGUACAAGACACCAAAGUCGAAAAAGAUAUUGUGUCAAGUUCAUCUUCCAAGAUUCUUCAGUUAGAAUUGCCUUUGCAAACAAAAAUCAGUGUCUCUAUUGUUUUUGUAAGUGGUCUAUCCAUUUGGGUACAACUUGAUGAACAUUUGGACUCCCUCAAUGAAAUGAUGGAAUGUCUUCAUACCCAGAUGGAAACUUCAAAGUCAGAACAACUUUCUGCACCUCGGGUUGGAGAGCAGUGCAUCAGCAAGUAUCGUCUAGAUGGGGGCUGGUAUAGGGCAUCAGUCUUGGAAGUCGACAAGAGUCAGGAGAAAGUCAAAGUUCAUUAUUUUGACUAUGGAAACACUGAAUUUGUGGAGAAAAAUGACCUUUAUGCCCUUCAAACUUUCUGUGACCCCCCUCCGGGCUCUUCCUCCGUCUCCCCACAGGAAUUAGAAGGGGGCGAGCCUCCAGGAGAGUUGGAAGGUUGUGGGGAAGAGUGCACGAUUUCUGAAAGGAAUCCUGAGGGCAUGUUUGGCUCGAUCUCCUUGGAAAUGGAAAGGAAAUGAUUUGGUGGUCAAAUAAGAAACCUUUCGACCAACCAAAAAGAGGUGACAAAUGAAGAAUUGAAAGUAGGAGAAACAGAGACAGAAAAGGCUCUCGUUACUCAUUAUCCACCCCCAAUGGUUCUCUCAAGUGGCAUUCGAGUGUACGUGAGUUAUCUGGCAGGAGGAGCUGAGGUGUGGCUCCAAAAAGCUGAAGAUAUUCCUGUUGUUUGGGGUAGUGCACAAUUUUCCCAGGCCACCACCAUGGAAUCUGAAAGAGUGCUAGAAGGUAUGCCAUGCCUAGCUCAGUCAGCUGCUGAUGAUAUUUGGUACAGGGCUAAGAUCAUUUCCGCCACUGAACCAGACCGAGUCACAAUACACUUCGUUGACUAUGGCAACUCUGAAAUAGUCUCCAUGAAUAAUAUAAGAGAGAUUCCAGAUGAGCUUUUGUUGGUAGGUCCACUAGCUCAUUCCUGCAUUCUCACAGGCAGUGGUGGAGCACAUGAAAUUGAUCUCAAAACUUUGGAGGAACAAUUCUUAGAGCAGGAACUUGUGGUCCACAUCAUUGGCUCUGAAGAUGGCAAAACGCUGAUUUUUCUUGUGUUAGAUGAUGAUGUAGUUAUUGAGGAUGCUGUUGGAGAGCUAGCCACUGCUAAAGACACUACAAAACAAGAGCUUGAGCCUGAUAAGGUUGACACACCACAUGGAAUGAGCACUUCGAUAGCCGUUCCAUCAGCUUGUCUGCAAGAUGCUGAAGAAGUGGUGGAUCAGAAUCUCAGUGGAGAGUGCCAAUCCAGAAAGUGGUAUGUUCCAGCUGCCGAAGGUGAAGAGGGUGAAAAUCCCCAGUCAGACUUUCUACUGACCAGUUCUCUCCCAGCAGAUAUCCCUGCAGAACAGGCGCACUUAACAAGCCAGCAGGAAGUGUCAAAGAGUAAUGUACCGCAGUUAACUGGAGUGUUCAUGAACUUUAGAAAAAACAAGGAUCCCAUUGGUGGUACUGGAAGUCCAGAAGCGGAGAAUCCCACUCCUUCAAGCAAAGGAAGUGCUGUUGAGGAAAGUCGUCCCAGUGCCAGUCCUAUAGCUCAUCCAAGCAACGGGAAUGGAGGAGGAGUCCAGCAUGGUAAACACCCAAGCAUUGCCAGUGGGUUGACUAGCUUUUUACCUUCUACACCAGGGAGAGUGUCUCACUCCACCAUCUUAAGUCCUUGUAAAACAGACUUCAGAAAUGUUCCUAAAAUGGAAACCAAAGAGCCAUUAACGCCACCUUUGAAAGAUUGCAGUGACUACGGCCAAACUGGGACAGUAAACCCUGUUGAAAGUAGUCAAGAAUUGAAAGAAAUGAAAGGGAAUGGCAGCAUCAAAGCUGCAAGCAUAGAGCAAAAUGGGCAUCAAGUAACCCAAACAGUUAAUGGAAGGCGUUUCCUUGACUGCAUUGAGGAAGUAGAAGAAUGUAGUGAUGAUGGGUUUACAGAAGUGCAGGUAAAUCCUUAUUCUGCUUAUCUAGUGCACAUUGAAGAAUCACCGUUUUCCCUGUGGAUUCAGAAGGAGGAGGACAAUGAUUUGGCAGAAUACAUUGAGACCUGGUACAAGGAACAUAACCAAGAGAGAGUAGACACCAUCGAAGUUGGUGAUAUAUGCGUGACUGUCUUGGGUGAUAGUGCCCAGCGUGCGUAUAUCCAGUGCAUAGAGGAUGCUAAUAUAAAAGUCCUCUUGCUUGAUCAGGGAAGGCAUGCCGUUAUCUCAAAACAGGACCUGUUUAAGUUACCCGACAGCCUGACAGACAUCCACCCUCUGGCAAUGCAGAUUUACCUUCCAGUAAAGGUAGCUCCUGGAAGGGAAUCCGGGGCUGUCAUCGCGGUGGCUGAGGUAGCCCACCAGUUGAAGUGCAUGUGUCUAGAUCUGGACAACAGAUAUACCCUGAUAUGGUGCCCCGGCGUGGGUGACCUCGGGGACUUCCUCGUGGAUAAUAAGCUAGCCACACCCAUGCAUUGGAAUGUUGGCUGGAAGUAUCGAUAUAUAACCUCAGUGAAGCGCAGACUUGAAGAAGAAGCCUUCCUGCUGACGUCCGAUGCCAGGCAGGAGGAUUCCUUUUAUAAAACAGCUGACACUGAUCUUGCAGCGAAGUUGGAACAGUCGCUCAAGACCUUGAAUGCCAACUCAGCAUGAGCAGCUGAACAAGUACAAAAGCAAUUGUUUAUUUAAACUUUAAUAGUGAAAGUUGAGUUAUGUUUGUCUUUGUGAAGACAAUUUAUCAAUAUGACAAUAAAACGGAGACAUUUUUCUAUUAACCGUGAAUGUAAAAGGUAAAUAUAGAUGGCAUUACUGUAUUGAUGGAAAUUGUGAAAACCGCUACUUUGUUACAAGGUUAACAAAAUGUUAUAAUUGUUUCGAAAAAAAAUUAGUAUAUUAGAAAGUCUCUUGUAUUGCAAAAAGUAGCAUUUUUUAGUUUUGCUAUGUUACGGAGCUUGUGGCAAAGUGGAAUUGGAGGAAAUAGCCAGAAAUUAUUACAGUAAUGAUUACCAGAGAUUUUCAAAGAACCUGUAUAUUUAAGGCAAAAACUAAUGUAUGAAUAUCUUUAUACUGAAGUACAAUUUUGGUUUCACA